AUCACUCUGACUGUAGUAUACUCUCUUUGUAACCAUGAAUCUUUGCUGUCGUUGUCUCUUUGUUGCUAUAUUCAGAUGUGUCGUGUGGAAACAACGCGAUGCCACGGGAUCUACCAUCUUGCCACGUUCCAAAGGAGCGCGGGGGCGGGGACAAGCUAAAAGAAGGGCCACACGGUUGAAUAAGCCCAACACCUCUCUAAUCUCGUUGGUCCGAAUGUCCUCCCGCACCGCCUAUUUUUGUGUAGCGAGCCCGUCAUUGGCUGAAAACCCCGUCAGUCGUAAAGGGGACGUGGUUUCUAUGGUUCUGGCUUUUAUGAGGCAGUAAGAGAAAUUUUGAUUUCUUUCUACCCUCAGAGGCGCAGACCCUGUCCGCUCCACUACCAACUACUCUCUGCUCAGAGGUCCACCAGCCCCGGACAGCCGGACUCACCAUGGCUUCAAAGAAAGGCGCGAAAGUGCAGAAAUCCAAAGAUGGAGCUAAAACCCAAUCGGCCAGUAAGAAUGGGAAGAAGGCCGACUCCGGGUCCAGCAGCAGCUUCUUCACCUGGUUCAUCGUCCUGGCCCUGCUGGGUGUCUGGACCUCUGUAGCCGUGGUCUACUUUGACCUGGUUGACUAUCAGGGAGUUCUGGACAAGGCUAAGGGCUUACAAAUUAACCUGUCUGAGGCCUUGCAAGGUAAACUGGUGGCCUACGACACAGAUGGAGAUGGUGACUUUGAUGUGGAGGACGCUAAAGUUCUGCUAGGACUGAAAGAGAAAGCCGUCGUCGUCUCCACCCGUAGUGAAGAAGCUGCUGCCCCGGUAGAGGCUGCUGACCCUGAACCCACACCAGAGGCUGUCAUUGAGCCUGAUCCUGAGCCUGUGGAGGACGUGGUUGAAGCUGCUGUAGCUGAGGACACUUCUGCUCCACCACCAGAACCUGAACCUGAGGUAGCAGCUGAGCCGGAGGUGGUUGAGUCUGAGCCUGAACCAGAACCUGAACCAGAGCCUGAACCAGAACCAGAGGCUGUGGAGACUCCUGAGGUGAUUGAGGAGGAUCCAGAGGUGCUGGAGGAGGAGCCUCUUGUAGAAGAGGAGGAGGAGGAUGCCCCUGUAGAGGAGGCUCCUGUGGAGGAGGCUGCUCCACUGGAGGAGCCAGCAGCUGAGGAGGCUGCAGAGGAGAUGAUUGCAGAUGAGCCUGCAGAGGAGGCAGCAGCUGAAGAGGCUGUGGAGGAGGUGGAGGAGAUGACAACAGAGCAGGCUGUGGAGGAGGAGGCUGUUGAGGAGGCCGCGGAGGAACCUGCAGUAGAGGAAGCCGAGGAGGAGGCAGCUGCAGAGGAGAUGGACGAGGCUGUAGAGGAGGAGAGUGCUCCUGCUGAAGAACAGGAGGCAGCUCCUUCAGAUGAACCUGCUGAGGAGGCAGCUACUGAAGAAGCUGUUGAGGAGGUAGCAGAAGAAGAGGAGGCAGCACCUGCUGAAGAGGCCAUGGAGGAGAUGGCUGAAGAAGAGGAGGCAGCUCCUUCAGAGGAACCCGCUGUAGAGGAGGAGGGAGCUCCUUCAGAAGAAGCUGUGGAGGAGGAGGAAGCUCCUGCAGAGGAACCUGCUGAGGAGCCCGCUGAAGAGGAGGCAGCUACUGAAGAAGCUGCUGAGGAGGUAGCACCUGCUGACGAGCCCACUGCAGAGGAGGAGGCAGCUUCUUCAGAAGAAGCAGUGGAGGAGGCAGUGGAGGAGGCAGUGGAGGAGGCAGUGGAGGAGGCAGUGGAGGAGGCAGUGGAAGAGGCAGUGGAGGAAGAAGUGGAGGAAGAGGUGGAGGAGGCAGAGGAGGAGGCAGAGGAGGAGGCAGAGGAGGAGGCUACAGAGGCAGAAGCAGCAGACACAGAGGCUGCUCCAGAAGAGGUGGAGGAGCAAACAGUCCCAGAGACAGAGGAAGUAGCAGAGGAGGUAGAGGAGGCAGCAGAGGAAGCAGAAGCGGAGUUUGUUGAGACAGAGGAACAGAUUCAGGAUGAGCCCACAGAAACGUAGAGGCUGCUGCGGUUGUCGUGGUGACGGAGCAGGGACCCAUUGACGUUGCAUCAGCACCAUCUGAGCGUGCUCAGAGCGAUGAUGCAUCUCUCCACCUCCAGAGAAACAAUUGAGUCGUUAUGACAACCCCUCUCUACCCAACCCACCCAUCUGUCUCCCCCUCCCCCAUCUGUUUUCACUCCUUCCUUUACGUUUUCCUUUUAGUGUCAACGUGUGAGAUAAUGAGAAAGAGAGAGCUGUUUACUAAUACGGUACUCCUGUUUUUACCCUUCAUGUUUUUGUUUUCUUUAGUUUUUCUUCAGUAUUCUUCUCCUCCUCCUCCUUCUUCAGUCUUCUUCCUCUUCCUCUCCUUCUCCUCCAGUAGAGCACCCGUUUCUAUUAUUGUUCAGGGUGGUCCAUUUCUAUGUGUGUGUGGCCAUGUGAAGUCUGUGUAUGCUACAGGUCUACCAGAGCCAGUUGCUGUGACAGUAAACACGCCUUCAACUUUAUUCUGACAUCACCCAGUAACAUGGUUAAAUAGAUUCUGUUGCCAAGCACAAUGAGGUCAAAGUUCAAAUGUGGCCACAACUCUUUUGUGAGUAUCAGAACAGUGACUUCAGGUUCAGGAGCUUCACAGAUUUAAGGUCUGAGACAACACAACCAUAAUUUCUCAGCUGCUGGCAACAACAACAUUUCCCAUUUCUGUAAAGCUGCCCGCCCCGCCCCCCCCCCCCCCCCCCCUCGUGAUUUAAAUUCAGAGUUUAGAAAACCAGCUCCAGUCAGCUGUGUCUCUGUGUCUCUGGUUACUGUUGUAGAUUCUAUGCAAAGCUGUUGUGAAGUCUGUCACCCCCACCUCACCUCACCUCUCCUCACCCCCCCCAUCCCCCCUUCAGCCAGUUUAUUUACCACUCAGUAUGUGUCGACUCCAGGAUGAGCCAUAUGCUAGCACGUGAACUUGGAGAGAGAGAGAGAGAGUGUGUGUGCGUGUGUGUGUGUGUGUGUGUGUGUGUGUGUGUGUUCCUUAUGAUGAGUGCAUUGACAAAUCUCUUGCUAAUCAAACUUUUCUGUGAGCAGUUAAUGUCAUGAUGUAGUUUUGGUUUAACUUUAUUUUCUUGUGUUAUUUUUUUCACACACGUCCCCGUGUGUGUGUGUGAGUGUGUGUGUGUUUGGGGGGGGUGGGUUGGGUGGGGGGUUAUGGUCAGGGUUCUAUAUAGCUUUUUUUUUUUUUUUUCAUAUUUCUAGAUAUGAAUAACAGACAGAAUAAGAUCUGAGCAGGCUAUCAAAUAAGGUUUAAGUGAAGUUGUUAUUGAACUUGAGCUCUGUGUUUGAACUGUGAUGUGAAUGAGGACAUGCUGUCACACAGUCGUGUCAGGAUGGUUCUUCCAAACACACCAGCUCCACAUGGAGGCUGAUUCAGGCAGGAAGGCUGGACUGAAGCUUUUUAAACCUGUGUGAGCCAGAUCCUGUUUCCUUUAACAGCAGGUUGAGUGUAAAAUACCUCUGGCUCACAGAGGGUUAACAGAUCAGCGGUCAAACGUCACUGCCUCAUUCCUUCUGUUCAUUGUGUGUUUUAUAAACUUUGUUAAAGGGAAACUCGCUGACAUGUUUCUUUCUCAGUUUCCUUUGUAACGUCAGACUUUGUCUUGAUGAGUUUUUUUUUUUUAAAGCAGAUCAGAGCAUAAAGUUAUUCCAUCACAUAACUCAACUUUGAGAAGCCAAAGGAGAAGUUUUUGUAUCUUCUUUGUUGCUGAUAAACAGAUCUGCAGCUGAUCAUCCUCCUUCUAUCACCUUGUGUUGGAUGAGAUGUAACUGUGACUUUAAGCUGGUGUCGGGACUGAACGACAUGUAGAAGUGAUUUUUGUAGGAGUGAAUUACAACAAAACAACACUAGAGUGGGAGGAAGAUUAGAGAAACAUUCCUCAGUUUUAAGUCUUUGUGUUGGUGUCACAGUCCCGCUCUGUCUCUAGUCCUCACAGUCUGUAAGUGCAGGUCGUCUGUAGGGACGGGACGUGUCCCCGUGGUGCAGUAGCCGUUCUUCUGUAGGAUGUCUCGUCUUUUCUCUGUGUAACACUAGUUGGCCUUUUCUACUUCCUAACACUUUGUAAGUCAAUGUGAACUGUUUUUGACAUUGAAGAUUUCAUUCUUUACAAAGAGAGAGCUUCUAGAUUUUUAAGAGGAACAUUUUUAAAAAGAACUUGGAUUAAAGUAAAGAACCUAAUUUUUCUGAAAAUGCUUUAAAAGCUUUUUUACGAAGCCAUAAGCUGUUUUGUGACAGGCAGGUUGAAGGGGCUGUGCUACUUCAGGACAACAUUAUAUUCUAUAAGAACCAGGAAAAGCAAUACAAUUCAAACAGAGACCACGCAGCAGCAGCAGCCGCAGCCCAGUGAAAAUGAUUUCAUGCGUUCAUGACUAAUCUCUGAUCAGAAGACGUGUACAUGGAGAGGUUGUGAUACAGGCAGUGAAGUGUGUGGGGGUCUGCAGAUCUACUACUGUCCUGUAGACGCUGAUGAUGGUGAUUAAAUUAUUGUGAAGUGCUGAUGAUAAUGAUGAUGAGAUUUGAAGUAUCACAGUUUUCUGUAAGUGAUCUGUUCUGGGAGCUGCAAUAAAAGGUUUGUGACAACACAA